AUGUCCGGAGAUUUCACCCUCCUCCUCCACGUUGCACUCGCGCGCGAAGCCGAGAUACAAGCCGAGUUCGCCCGACAACAACAUGACCAAGCUCGACAUCUCGCAGAUACGCAACUCCAUGCGAAUCAUGCUGGAGUCCCAUACCUACACAUGGUUGAAGCCAAGCACGCCGAGUACCUUGCAACUCAGGACUUCCCAGUCGAAGCCGUAGCACAGGAAGUGGGAGCGAAGCUUAUCGCGGAUCUUCGCUCGGAACGUUCCCCCCCACGCCGAGCUGCUAAUGCGCCUGAUGCCGUCGCCGCCAUGCAGAAGGCGCAGCGCAAGAAGCAGGCGCAGCGCUAUGCUCGGAGGCAGAGUGAACGCAAGGCGCUAGCUAGACUGGAGCUCGAUGAGGACUGGGAGAUGGUGGAAGGGGAUGACGAUUGGGAGAAGGUCACGGCGGAAGAAGCUGAUGAUAGGAAGGAACUGUUAUCAUCGUCAGGCUCAAAAAUCAGCAUCCUGGACAGCGGACUGCAGUGA